AGCAGCCGGCGUUUUUCAGCACUGGCUCCGUAUUAUCAAAAUACAAAACGUGCUGACCAGCUGACGGCGGAAAACUAAUUUUGCGUGGCUGGACGCUUUUAUCACUGUCGGAUAGAAAUAACUCAAAAUGUUCAAAUUCAAUUUUGAAGUAGAAACUGAAGCAGCUAAGAGCCCUUUUGACGAGGAUAGCUUACAGAAAGUCGAACAAGAGGAUUCUGCAAUUGUCAAGGAUAUUGUCUGGUACAAGGCAGAAAAAAUUAAACCGACUCAAACCGCAUUAUCACGUCUGGAUUUGUACGAACUCAAUGCCAAAGAUCUGAAGGUAGGCAAUACUGAAAUACGGCAUCUAAUAGCUGGAUUCUUACUUGAGGACAUCAAAAUCCAUGGCGAGCUGGAGAGUCGCGAUAUUAAGAAGUCCGAGGAAAGCCAUUCGGAUCUAAUAACCGGAGUCUAUGAAGGUGGUGCGAAAAUAUGGGAAUGUACAGACGAUUUAUUGCUAUAUCUAUCGGAUAACUAUGAGGACAGUUACUGGAAAGACAAGAGAGUCUUGGACUUGGGAUGUGGCUCCGGAUUGUUGGGAAUAUAUGCCCUGCAAUCUGGUGCCAAAGUUGAUUUUCAAGACUAUAACAAGGAUGUUUUGGAACAAAUUACCAUACCAAAUGUGAUGCUAAAUGUGCAAUCGGAUCUUUCGGAUGAUGACAAACUGGCAUUUUUGGAGGACAACACAAGCUUCUACUCCGGUGAUUGGUCACAUUUUGCUCUGCUUACGUUGGACACAGAAAAGUACGACCUGAUACUAACAUCGGAGACUAUAUACAACAUAGAAAACCAGCAGAAGCUGUUGGACACGUUCAGCAGUCGCCUGAAAGCAGAUGGCACCGUUUUAGUUGCUGGAAAAUCUCAUUAUUUCGGUGUGGGUGGUGGCCUGGAGCAGUUCGUCGAGGUAAUUAAGCAGGGAACCGCCUUUGAUAGUGAAAAUGUGUGGCAGGCAGACGAAAAUCUAAAACGGGGCAUUUUGAAAAUAAAAUUUAAAUAAUA